AUGGCCGAAUUCGCCGCCAGCACCUCCGCGAUUGGCGCCUCGGAGGGCGAUCGUGUGACGGGAUCCGAGGCAGGCGCCGUUAAUGGAACGGAGAGGGAAUUAUCGUACAACGGCGCCUCCUCCUCCGCGGCGUCGACCGAUGAGUGGAUCUACCCCGACGACGAAGAUGAGGAGGAAGAGUGGGAUGAGGAACCCGACCCGCACCCGUGGGCGUUCCCGGUCACAUCCGCGGCCGCGCUCGCGGCGUGGUCCGUCUACGUGCGCAAGAAGAAAUUUGCCGAUGAGGCCAAGCUGUCGAAGCGUGAGCGGGCCAAGCUGCAGAAGGAGCGCGAGGCCAAGGCCAAGGAAGCCGAGGCGCGCAAGGGGCCCGUGGACGAUCGCCCGCUCAAGGUGCGCUACAGGGAGAUGCGCGCCGCGCAGAUCGCCGCGGAAGAGGCCAAGGAACAGACCGCCGCCGCCGCGAGGGCGGCGGAGGUUGAGGAGCUGCGUAAGGUUGCCGAGUGGCAGAGGAGGGUCGACGCCGAGCAAAGAUCCGAGCGCAUGCAGGAGGCGCUCAAGCGUGAGGCUAACCGUAGGGCGUGGAUCGAGGCGUCGAGGAUGGAGGAGCUCGCGCUCGAACGCCAACGGGAGCAGCGGCUCGCCGAGGCGAAGCGGCUCAAGGAUGCCGAGAAUUCGUCACCCAAAUCGGAGAAACAACUUCGCAAGGAGCGCGCCGCCGAGGAGAAGAGGGUCGCCGCCGAGGAAAAGAAGCUGGCGGAGGAGGCCGCAAAGGCAAAAGCCGCCGCCACGAAGGCUGCCGACCUCGCCAAGGAGAAGAAAGCGGCGGACAGGGCGCGAGCGGCGGAGCUGAAAGCCGCAGCGAAGGAGAAGCUGAAGCAGGUUGCCGACGCGAAGAGGCGAGCCGAGGAGGAGGCCAAGCCCACCGCGGAGAAGCUCGCAGCCGACGCCAGGGCCCGCUUGGAGGCUCAACGCGUCAGGGACGCCGAGAUUAAGGCAGCUAAGGCGGAGGAGGCUGCCGCCAAGCAGGCGGAGGCUGCCGCCGCGCGGGACAGGCUCGUUGCCGAGCAGCGCGCUCGCACAGCCGACGAUAAAGCUGCGAACGACGCCAAGGCCAAGGCGGCCCGGGAGGUGAACAUGGUGCGGGCGAAGGAAAAGGCGGCUGAGGUCAAGGAACAGACCAAGACUAAGGCGGCCGAGGUCAAGGAGCGCGUGCAGAGGGAGGCGGCGGAGACGGCGGCGAGGGCCAAGGCGGCGAUGGAUAAGGCUGGCGCCGAGGCGGCCAAGGCUAAGGCGCAGGCGAUGGAGCGGGCAAAGGCGGCCGCGGCGAAGGCGAGGACCAAAGCCAUCGAGGUCAAACAGGCAAAGCCGGCCGCUGAGAAGCCAAAGUCCGAUCCCAAGGCUGAGGCUGCGAAGAAGGCUGAGGCUGAAAAGAAAGCCAAGGCUGAGGCUGCGAAGAAGGCUGAGGCUGCGAAGAAAGCCAAGGCUGAGGCUGCGAAGAAAGCCGAGGCUGCGAAGAAGGCCGAGGCUGCGAAGAAGGCCGAGGCUGCGAAGAAAGCCGAGGCUGCGAAGAAAGCCGAUGCUGCGAAGAAAGUUAAGGAGAAGAAGCCGAAGGCUGAGCCCAAGUCGACGGAUUCGAAGACGCCCGGGACUGGCCAAUUCGUCGACGCGAUGAACCGCGUCGCGAGCCGCACCCGGACCGCCGCCGCAGACUCCGUCGCCGCCGUCAAGUCCACGACGGCGAAGACUCUAGAUCCCAUCCGGCGGGAGAUCUCAGAGUACGCCAUCGCCAUCGACGCGAAACCCCCGGCACCGGUCGCCAAGCUCUCCACCGUCUCCGGGCUCGCGCCCUCAACGCUGGUGGGCACGGGCAUCGCGAUGAUCAGCGGCUUGGCGCUCGCCGUCCUCCUCCCGGGCGGAGGGUCCGACACCGACGUUCCCACCGACGUUUCCCCUCCCGCGCGAGACGACGACGCGCGAAGCAAGCAGAGGGAGGCGCUGCAGCGUCAGCUCGCGGAGGAUCGGCGGGAGCAGAGGUCCCGCGUGGAAUCCGCGCUGGGCGGCGGCGCGGCGCCGUCGAGGGAUGAGAUUCGGGAGAAGAACCGCGUCGCCGACGCGAACGACUCGGACGAUUCCGAGUACGGCGAGGCGCCCGAGUGGGACGAGAAGGAGGUCAAGGCGAUGCAGAAGGAGUAUCAGAAGUUCCUCAAGGGAAGCAAGGCGACUGAGAAGCCGUGGUGGAGCCUGGGUAACCGUAGAACGGAGAAGUGA